AUGAAGAAUCUAUUAAAUAAUGUAAUUUCAAAUUUUAAAUUUAAAAGUAACUUAAAUUUCAGAAGAUAUUUUUCAGGUACAUAUGAAAAAAAUAUAUUUACUAAAAAUAUAAAUGGACAGAAUUUUCGUGUAUAUGAUGAAAAUAUUAUUGGACGCAUAAUUUUUUCGAAAGAUAAAAAAAAUUUCUCCACAUUUAUGAAAAAUGUUAUAGAACAGGUUAAAAAAGAUAUGAAAGAAAAUAAGCAAUAUCAAGAGGCUUUAAAAGAAUUAAAAGAAAAAACUGAAAUAAAUGAUAAAACUAUGAAAUUAAAAAAGAAAAUUGAAGAAAAUAUAAAUUUUUACAAAAAUAUAAAAGAAAAAAAUGUGGAAGCUAUAAAAAUAUUAUAUAAUGAUGUUCACAAUUUUGUUAAAUAUUGUUUUGAAAAUAACUAUAUAUUAAAACAUAGUAAAAAUAUAAGUAUUCAAUUUUUUUCAAUUCUCAAAAAAUUUAUAAUAAAUUAUUCAGAUAAAUUUAUUCAGUUAAAGGAAAGGUGGAAUGAUAAUAGUGCUUUUAUUCAAUUAGAUAAAUGGCGCCAAGAAAUGGCUAUAAAAAGAUAUAAAAAAAAAAAUAAACAGGAAAAUGAAAAAAUAAAUGAAAGUGAUUUAUCUGAAAAUGAUUCUGAACAAAAAAUUGAGAAUGACAUGAAUAUUAAUGAAAAAAAUUCUGAACAAAAAGAAAACAAUGAAUUAAUUUUAGCGUAUGAAUCAGCGUGGGAUAAAUUCGGAAGUAAAUUAAAAGAUAUGCCAUUUUUAAAUAAUUUUUUUGAGAAUCCAUUUAUAGGAAAAUUAUUUGGAGAAACAGAAUUAGCUGCAGCUUUAAGAGAAAUGAAAAUGUAUGAUAAAAAUUUUAAAUUAUCAGAACUUAUGUAUUUAUUUGAAUAUGUGAUAUCAAAACAUAUUGUAGAAUCUUAUUUAAUUGGAGAUGAAGAAACACUGAGAUUACAUUGUGGAUCAUCGGCUUUUAAUUCUCUAAAUGCUAGUAUAAAUGAAAGGAAAAAAAAAAAAGUUUAUUUAGAUACAAAUGUUUUAAUCUACAAAAAUCAUGAACUUAAGGGAGCUCAAAGAAUGGAAGAAAGUUCACCCUGGUUUAUUUUUACUUUUCACACACAACAAAUAAAUUGCUUAAAAAAUAAAAAUGAUGAAAUUAUUGAAGGAAAAAUAGAUGAUAUAAGAGAAGUUGUUUAUACGAUUGCUUUAUCAAAACACCCUGAACCAGAAAAAGAAGGUUUAUUAUAUCCAUAUAUAGUACGAGAAUUUGCUAUUAUUGGUAAUACACCUUCUUGGUAA